UCAGCAGGGUUUCCAAUUUCCAAACCUGAUGUGAUCUCGCAGCUGGAACGAGAGGAGGAGCCAUGGGUCCCGGACCUCCAUGGCUCUGAGAAAGAAGUGUCUCCGAGAACUGCCUGCACAGGCAGUGACCUAGGUCUGGAUUCUCUCUGUUUCCCAUCACAUGAUAGGAUGGUGAGUGAGAAUGAGGAGGAGAAACCCCAUCAGGAAGAUGCUGAGCAAGGAGAACCACAUGGAACAUUAUCAGGAAGAUCCAAAGGGAAUGUUUCCGGGAGUUGUGCACUUCCAGAAAAAGCAAAAGCCUGUGAGACUCAGGAGUGGCUAGAGGAAAACUUCAGUAGCCUCUCAGACCUUAUCAUAAGUGAGAGAAUCAACUUGGAAGAGACACGCUACACAUGCCACGAGUGCGGGAAAAGCUUCAAUUGGAGAUCUGCCCUUAUCACACAUCAGACAAUCCACACAGGAGAGACGCCCUACACAUGCUCUGAGUGUGGGAAAAGCUUCAAUCAGAGCUCAAACCUUUUCAGACAUCGGAGAGUCCACACAGGAGAGAAAGACCUUAUCAGACAUCAGAGAAUCCACACAGGUGAAACACCCUGCACAUGGUCUGAGCGUGGGAAAAAUUUCAGUGGGAGCUCAGACCUCAUCAAAUAUUGGAGAAUCCACACGGGGGAGAUACCCUACACAUGCUCCGAGUGUGGUAAAAACUUCAAUCAGCGCUCACACCUUCUCAGACAUCAGAGAAUCCACACAGGAGAGACGCCCUAUACAUGCUCUGAGUGCGGGAAAAGCUUCACUUGCAGCUCAGACCUUAUCAGACAUCAGAGAAUCCACACAAAAGAGAAGCCUUACACAUGCUCCGUGUGUGGUAAAAACUUCAAUCAGCGCUCAAACCUUAUCACACACCAGAGAAUCCACACAGGAGAGAAGCCCUAUGUGUGCUCUGAGUGCGGGAACAGCUUCAAUCAGAGCUCAGAUCUUAUCACACAUCAGACAAUCCACACAGGAGAGACACCCUACACGUGCUCUGAGUGUGGGAAAAGCUUCAGUUGCAGCUCAGACCUUAUCAGACAUCAGAGAAUCCACACAGGAGAGAAGCCCUACACAUGCACCAAGUGUGGUAAAAACUUCAAUCAGCGCUCAAACCUUAUCACACAUCAGAGAAUCCACACAGGAGAGAAGCCGUGCACAUGCUCUGAGUGUGGGAAAUGCUUCAAUGAUAGCUCAAGCCUUAUUAGACAUCAGAAAAUCCACAUCAGAGAGAAUUGUAAUAAAUCCCUUGACUAGGGCUGGCCAAAGAUUUUUUUUUUAA